AAAAUUGCUCACUCUUUUGAUUUUCUUUUCAUUGUUGUUUUGUCUCUAUCCUGAAAAAUUCAUCUUUUUUUCGAUUUUUGAAUUCUUACUUUUCACCCGAAUUUAUUUGUUGAAUAAAUUUUUUGGCAUACAUUAAUUAUGGCACCACCAAGUACCGGAAAAGCUGUUAAAAAAUCGGGUAAAGCACAAAAAUCUGUACGUGUUACGGAUAAAAAGAAAAAACAUCGCCGUCGUAAAGAAUCAUUUUCAAUUUAUAUUUAUAAAGUUUUGAAACAAGUACAUCCAGAUACUGGAAUAUCAUCCAAAGCAAUGUCUAUUAUGAAUUCAUUUGUUAAUGAUAUUUUUGAACGUAUUGCUGCCGAAUCAUCACGAUUAUCGCAUUAUAAUAAACGUACUACAAUUACAAGUCGUGAAGUACAAACAGCCGUACGACUUUUAUUGCCUGGUGAAUUGGCUAAACAUGCUGUAUCCGAAGGUACAAAAGCUGUUACUAAAUAUACAUCAAGUAAAUAAAAUUCUUUGGUAUAAAAGAUAUCGCGGUCACACAUCUUCAAUUCUAUGCACACACAUACACACACUCAAUUGCCACGAUCAUUGCUAAUUUUUUCAUUUGAUUCUUUUGGACCAUUUUCUCUUGUCGUCGUUUUUUGAUUUUCAACAACAAAAACAAAGGCCAUUAAUGGCUAUUAUUAUCUAAUCUUUCCCAUCUUUUUUUCCCUUUUGAUUUGAUAUAUCUAAUUACUUGAUUUAAUAUAAUAAUAAAUGUGAAACAAACUUUUUUUUCUUCCAAA